UCCCCCCUUUUUAAUAUAUCCUUUUAGGUCUGAGGUGUAUUGAGAACAUUGUACUUUAAGAAGCGUGAUGAUUGACGACUUCGAAAGCCAUGCGGUCCGAUCUACUGGAGAUCUGUGGUCUGAGGUCUGCUCCAGUCUGCCUGAGCCUCAGGAACAGGAUGGUGGACAGUUUACAGACUCAUUUGAGCCUUCCUCUCCAGGAAACCCUCAGACCAACUCUCCCAGAGCUUCUUUCUGCCCCUGGGAACCAAUGGCUGACUCUGAGGUUUACAUUGCCAGUUUAGAAAAUCGAUUGAAGAGGAUCAAGGGACAAUCGAAUGAAGUAACAUCAAGGGAAAUGCUCCGUUCCUUGUCCCAGGCUAAAAAGGAAUGCUGGGAUAGAUUCCUUCAUGAUGCCCAAACUUCCGAAUUGUUCCAGGAAGGGAACUUUGAUCAGAGUGCUUUGGAGCAGUUCAAGCGCUGGCUGUCUCCUGAAAGGGUGGCCAUCAACGCAGAAGAGCUGGAGUACCUUCUCUUGCCCACACAGAACAGUGAGGCUCCUGCCAGCUCAACCCAAACUGACAAGCUAUGUGAGGGGGAAGAGUGCCCGAGCCCAGAGAAAUAACCAUAUCACAGCAAUAACUGACCAGCAGUGUUAGGGGAAUUAAGAGAAUAUGAGGUCUUGUUGUGGAGUAUUACGAUCCAUUUAAUGGGAUCAUUUGAUUCAGAUUUCUAUUAAGGUGUCUUUGGUUGUGCAUGUCUCUCAAUCUGGUUUCAACUCAAGAUUCAUUAUUGUAUCCUCAUAUUUGUAGGACUGAAAGAAAUGCAUGUGUGGAUUAAAAAAUAAAAUCUUUUAAAUUUUACUUGCCACGUAACAUGCUCUGCAAAAGCAGAAGUUGAUUUGUUGAGAGAAGUACAAGCACGAAAACUUGACUACAUUUUAUCAUGUAACAUUCCACAUAUGUUAUCAAAUGAAUUUCAUUAUUUACUAUUGAAUUUAAAUGGUAUUUUUUUUGUUAUUUACUCAUUUCCUGUAGUAUUGUUUAUACACUAAUCCAAACAUACACAAACAUUACAUUUAUAAAUGCAUUAUUUCAUGUAUAUUUGUAUGAAUUGAAAAUCUGUCAUUCGUCCCCUGAAUUCAAAUGUGUAGGUCAGUGGACUGGAUGGCCACUAAAUUAAACAUUAGUAGAGAAUGUUAGGUGUAAUAUGCCUAUUGUCGCUAAACAUGUUAGUAAUUGUACACUUUAUUCUGAAAGGAUAAUAAAAACUAUGAAGGAGCCAUAA